CGUACUCGCGUUCCCCCUCCUUUCCUGUGCUUGCUAAAGUUUCUCCAACGCGUUUAUUGACUGACGGGGAACACCUCCCGACCGCAUGACGCCGGUGUGCCGUGGUCUUUCGCGGCCUCCGGUGUGCCUUAUGAGCUCCGGUGGCGGGAAGUUAGGGAGGGAGGGGAGAAGGAGAGGCGGCAUCGCGACCUCGGUUGCGAAGGAUGGGAGUAGCGUACGGGCUGGUGUGGUGGGCGGGUAGGGAUCUUGGCUGUUAAUAUGAGCUCAAAUGCUCAAAUCGGAGUGUUCGUGUCCAGAAGAUCUUGGAUUAUUUUGAACAUGUCGUGUCUGGCAUGUUGUGGUGGCGAAGACACUCAAAGAGCACCUGAUAGUGGAGGUCCAUACCCUGGUGGCUACCCAGCAAGGAAUGAUGGUUAUCGCACUGCUGAUCCAACUCCCAGAGGUGCUCAACCUGUGAAAGUGCAGCCAAUUGCUGUCCCCACAAUUCCUGUUGAAGAAAUCCGGGAGGUCACAAAGGGUUUUGGUGAUGAAGCUUUGAUUGGUGAGGGUUCUUUUGGCAGAGUGUAUUUUGGUGAACUGAAAAAUGGCAGAAGUGCGGCAAUCAAAAAGUUAGAUUCAAGUAAACAGCCAGAACAAGAGUUUUUGGCACAGGUUUCCAUGGUGUCAAGACUUAAGCAUGACAAUGUCGUGGAGUUGCUUGGUUACUGUGUCGAUGGAAACACUCGUAUCCUUGCUUAUGAAUUUGCUACUCUGGGUUCUCUUCAUGAUAUGCUUCACGGACGGAAAGGUGUGAAAGGAGCUCAGCCAGGUCCAGUCCUGUCUUGGACACAACGAGUGAAAAUUGCUGUUGGAGCAGCAAAAGGCCUUGAGUAUCUUCAUGAGAAAGCACAGCCUCAUAUCAUACACAGGGACAUCAAAUCCAGCAAUGUACUUCUGUUCAAUGAUGAUGUAUCUAAAAUAGCUGAUUUUGACUUGUCAAACCAAGCUCCUGAUAUGGCAGCUCGACUUCAUUCAACUAGGGUUCUUGGAACAUUUGGAUACCAUGCACCUGAGUAUGCGAUGACUGGACAACUUAGCUCUAAGAGUGAUGUCUAUAGUUUUGGAGUUGUUCUUCUGGAGCUCCUGACUGGAAGAAAGCCUGUGGAUCAUACAUUACCAAGGGGACAACAGAGUCUCGUGACAUGGGCAACUCCACGGCUUAGUGAAGACAAAGUCAGGCAAUGUGUCGAUUCAAGACUUGGAGGGGAAUAUCCUCCUAAAUCUGUUGCAAAGUUUGCAGCAGUUGCUGCAUUGUGCGUGCAAUACGAAGCUGAUUUUCGACCAAACAUGAGCAUUGUGGUGAAGGCCCUCCAGCCCCUGCUGAAUGCACGUGCAUCCAACAACCCUGGUGAACACUCCGGAUCAUAAUCUUCAAUUCACCAUUUGUGACGUAGAAUAUUGUAUUGCCAAGGUUUUUUUUCUCUGGAGUAGCUGGGAAGCUGGCUGUAUGUAAGAUUAUGUUGUGAUUUGCUUUUUGCCUUAGCAGUACCUCAUUAAUUCUUCUGAUGCGUUGCAGGCUGAGUGAAUGGCUGCUCUUGCUUGUACUUGACGCCAGUAUCUGAUUCAGACAAUCAUGUAGCAUUGUAAUUUGUAAUAAGACAAAAGUAUGGUGCUUCUUGACCUUGGAUGUUCAUGAGGAGAUAACUCCUUGCAGUUCCUGGAUGUUACCGACUAGUAAGGAUCAUAGUAUAUACAAGUAUAAACUGUACGCCGUUUGUUUGGUUGCA